AUGAAGGUCCUCAAUGCUCGUACAGCACUCCUGUCCGACUAUGAGGUCCUCUCUCUUCUGCAGGAAAUGGAAGCAGACCAGCAGCAGGGCAACGAACGAUCCUCCCGCAUAGCAGAAGGUGACGCAGAUGACGCAGAGAAGAGGCUGAUGGAGAAGAUGGCAAAGGUACCUCAGAACCUGCGGACGAUACAAUACGAGAUCUUAUCAACUCUAUCACAACCCUACCGCCCCGCCGCCCAUCAACAAGCAGAUCAUAUUCGCAGCUUUCACGUAGCUUUGAAAGCGGCAGGCUUCAUCGGCGACGAGAUCUUGCCCGAUCGGGCCUUGACGAAGGCGGAGAGAUUGCAAUUGGUCAACAAUGCCCCGAGGAGCCUGGUGGAGCUGCAUACACUCGUCGAAGAGCUGGGCGAACGAUUCACAGAGUCUCAGAUUGAAGAGCUCAUGAACCUCGUAGCAACCCACAUCCCCAUCCCACCGACC